AUGGCGGGGGGACGGCGGGGUCUGGUGGCCCCUCAGAACACCUUCCUGGAGAACAUCGUUCGCCGCUCCAACGGGAUGGGGGAUGCGGCAGGGGGGCAGCUCGGGAUCGCCGGGUCCGCGCGUCGGAUCUGCGUUUGCGCACCGGUUAAUUUGCGCCCUAACCUGAGCCAGGUGCAGGCCAGUUGGCCAACCGGCCGACCGGACACGGGGCAAAGCGGCAACGUCCACCGGUUUGGGCUCAGGCCAUCCGUCCGUCCGUCCGUCCGGAGACCGGAAACUUCAGGGGGAACAAGGCACCCGGGUCCAGCUGCUGACACAAACUUUGUGCUGGGGAAUGCCCAGAUCGUGGACUGGCCCAUCGUCUACAGCAACGACGGCUUCUGUAAGCUGGCCGGUUACCAUCGAGCUGAGGUCAUGCAAAAGAGCAGCACCUGCAGCUUCAUGUACGGAGAGCUGACGGACAAGGAGACGAGCGAGAAGGUGCGACAAACCUUCGAGAACUACGAGAUGAACUCUUUUGAGAUUCUGAUGUACAAGAAAAACAGGAUGCCGGUUUGGUUUUUUGUGAAGAUUGCUCCAAUCAGGAACGAACAGGACAAAGUUGUCCUGUUUCUCUGCACUUUCAGCGACAUCACGGCCUUCAAACAACCAAUAGAGGAUGACUCAUCAAGAGGGUGGGGCAAGUUUGCCCGACUGACUCGCGCGUUGACCAGCAGCCGUGGAGUUCUUCAGCAGCUGGCGCCAGCUGUUCACAAAGGAGAAAACGUUCACAAGCAUUCACGGCUGGCCGAAGUUCUCCAGUUGGGCUCAGACAUCUUACCUCAGUAUAAGCAGGAAACUCCAAAGACGCCGCCGCACAUCAUCCUGCACUACUGCCUCUUCAAGACCACCUGGGACUGGGUCAUCCUCAUCCUCACCUUCUACACGGCCAUCAUGGUGCCCUACAACGUCUCCUUCAAGACCAAGCAAAACAACGUGACCUGGCUGGUGGUGGACAGCAUCGUGGACGUCAUCUUCCUCGUGGACAUUGUCCUCAACUUCCACACCACCUUCGUGGGGCCGGCCGGGGAGGUCAUCUCCGACCCGAAGCUCAUCCGCAUGAACUACGUCAAGACCUGGUUCGUCAUCGACCUGCUGUCCUGCCUGCCCUACGAUGUCAUCAACGCCUUCGAGAACGUCGACGAGCUGCUCCGUCUCAGCUUUGUGAAACCGGAGAAGUCAGCAUUGUGUGGCGCAGUGGUCGCGGGCAUCAGCAGCCUCUUCAGCUCCCUCAAAGUGGUCCGCCUGCUGCGUUUGGGUCGGGUCGCCCGAAAACUGGACCACUACAUCGAGUACGGGGCCGCCGUGCUGGUCCUGCUGGUGUGCGUGUUCGGCCUGGCGGCCCACUGGCUGGCCUGCAUCUGGUACAGCAUCGGAGACUACGAGGUGAUCGACGAGGACACCAACAGCGUGAGGCUGGACAGCUGGCUGUACCUGCUGGGGGAGACGGUGGGGACCCCCUACAGGUUCAACGCCUCGGGCACGGGCCGCUGGGAGGGGGGGCCCAGCAAAGACUCGGUCUACAUCACCUCGCUGUACUUCACCAUGACCAGCCUGACCAGCAUCGGCUUCGGAAACAUCGCCCCGAACACGGACGGAGAGAAGAUCUUCGCCGUGGCCAUGAUGAUGAUCGGAUCGCUGCUGUACGCCACCAUCUUCGGUAACGUCACCACCAUCUUCCAGCAGAUGUACGCCAACACCAACCGCUACCACGAGAUGCUCAACAGCGUGCGGGACUUCCUCAAACUCUACCAGGUCCCCAAGGGCCUGAGCGAGCGCGUGAUGGACUACAUCGUGUCGGCCUGGUCUAUGACCAGAGGCAUCGACACCGACAAGGUGCUGCAGAUCUGUCCCAAGGACAUGCGGGCGGACAUCUGCGUCCACCUCAACAGGAAGGUCUUCAAGGAGCACCCGGCCUUCCGGCUGGCCAGCGACGGCUGCCUACGGGCCCUGGCCAUGGAGUUCCAGACCAUCCACAGCGCGCCGGGGGACCUGAUCUACCACGCCGGGGAGAGCGUGGACAGCCUCUGCUUCGUGGUGUCCGGGUCACUCGAGGUCAUCCAGGACGACGAGGUGGUGGCCAUUUUAGAAGACGAUAGCUUCCGCUUACUCUGGAUCAAAGACCUCGGCUCUGAAACGGUCUCUCACCUGCCGUGA